AUGGGUGCUGAAAUUAGUCUUAAUCAAAAUGUUGGUCUUUUUAUUACAAUGAAUCCUGGUUAUGCUGGUCGAACAGAAUUACCUGGAAAUUUAAAAGCAUUAUUUCGUCCAUGUGCUAUGGUUGUACCAGAUAUUGAAAUCAUUUGUGAAAUAAUGCUUGUUACAUCUGGUUUUAAAGAUGGAAAAUUAUUAUCAUGUAAAUUUAUAACAUUAUAUAAUUUAUGUAAAGAACUUUUAUCAAAACAACAUCAUUAUGAUUGGAGUUUACGAGCUGUUAAAUCAGUUUUAGUUGUUGCUAGUGCUUUACGUUGUGCUGAUCUAAAUCGACCUGAACGAGAAUUUUCAAUGAGAGCAUUACGUAAUUUUAAUAUACCAAAAAUUGUUCAUGAUGAUUUACCAAUAUUUAUGGGUUUAAUUGGAGAUUUGUUUCCUGCACUUGAUGUUCCACGUAAACGUGAUUUAAAAUUUAAAGAAGAAGUUAAACGUGCUGCAUUAGAUCUUAAACUUCAAUCUAAAGAUGCAUUUAUUCUUAAAGUUGUUCAAUUAAAAGAACUUUUUGAAGUUCAUAAUUCGGUAUUUAUUGUUGGUAAUGCUGAAACAGGAAAAAGUCAAAUAUGGAAAACACUUAAUCGAAUGUAUAUAAAUCAUAAACGACGAUCUGUUGCAAUUGAUCUUGAUCCAAAAGGUGUUACAAAUAAUGAAUUAUUUGGUUUUAUGAAUCCAGCAACACGUGAAUGA